CGUAUCUCAUUCCGAUUCCGAAGAGCUCCUGUGCGUUUCUGCUUCAGCACCAUUUCUCUAAAAAGGAGACGGGAACUCCGCGAAGAAAGAAAUUUCACGAAUACUUAUACUGGUACUGUUAUCCGUCAAUUGACGCCGUUUUGCCGAGGGGGUAGCCCACGUUAGAGGUGAAAUUCACAGUAGCGACGCCGACGGGAUACCACCUUGGGCGUUCACGAUUCACCAAUGAACGCGGGGCGUCGCCCUCGUCAAGGACAACAUCGCAGUAACUGCAGCAGCAGCACCAGGAAGCGACGGCACUGCGACGGCACGUCCACGAAGGAGAACUUUCGGCGUGCGAACACCUGCAGAACGUCCAGCGAUUUAAGCGGCGAUCAUGGGACUCGACUUCCUGGCAGACGGAGGUGCCGACUUCGAGCAUGCAAUCACCGUAACAGGUUUUGGAAGAUUCCAUUACAUGCUGCUGACCCUCUGCGGUCUGAUUUACAUGGACACAGCGAUCGGUGUGACGAUACUUUCGUUCGUACUUCCAGCAGCGCAAUGCGACCUAGAGAUGGACUCUACCGCAAAGGGUUGGCUGACUGCUUCACCAAUGCUAGGUAUGUUAAUUGGAUCGUAUAUAUGGGGAUGCCUGGCUGAUACGAAGGGCAGGAAGAUCGUGUUAAUAGCUACACUGCUAAUGGACGGCGUCGUGGGCAUCGUGUCUUCGUUCGUGCAAUACUUCUGGGUGUUUCUGGUCUUCCGGUUUUUCAACGGCUUUGCCAUGACCGGUGCCAUGGGCAUCUGCUUUCCGUAUCUUGGUGAAUUUCAACCCACGAAAUACCGCGAACGCUGUCUCUGUUGGAUGGAGAUGUUCUGGACGGUCGGUGUGAUAGUUCUACCGCUAAUCGCCUGGCUGAUCAUUCCCAUGGAUUUCAUUAUCGUGAGCGACACGUUCUAUUUCAAAUCCUGGAAUCUCUUUGUCGCGCUCUGUGCUCUGCCAUCACUCAUGCUUGGCUUGUGGCUGUUUACUUUCCCCGAAAGCCCAAAGUUCCUGCUGGAGUGUGGCGAAACUGAUGCUGCCCUCGAGGUGUUCAAGUGGAUUUACUCGCGAAACACCGGCGCUGAUCCUGAAACCUAUCCGGUGAAGUGCUUACAAGAGAAAGCGAAACAUCAAGAUAAAAGCACCAGGUCACUGAAGCUACUCAAGCGAAAGGAUUUGAAGGUUCUAUUCGCGGAAAUACGUGAUCUGACGAGUGCGCUCUGCAAGCCGCCCUAUUUACGCAAUACCGCACUUGCCUGCGUCAUUCAAUUCGGACUAACCAGCAGCUACUACACUUUGAUGGUCUGGUUCCCAGAAUUAUUCACUAGAUUCGAACAGUUCGAGCAUUCGAAUCCUGGCGAGACGACGUCGGUGUGUAUAGUAUCCGCCUUGCCAGAUAAUACGACCUUCUUCAACCCUUACGGAUGCGACACGAUAAUUGCGCCUUCCGUCUAUUUGCACACGGUAUACAUUGGCCUCGCGUGCAUCCCUGGUUCGAUCAUCCUACCCCUUUUCGUGCACAAACUGGGCGCAAAGUUCUUCCUGAUCUUUUCGCUGGUGGUCUCCGGCGCAGUGACGGUUGGUUUCUACUACGUAGUGAACUCGAUGCAGAACCUGGUGCUCUCGUGCGUGUUCGAGGCUCUCACGUCCCUCGGUAUUUCUCUAGUCUACUGCGUGAUCGUUGACAUGUUCCCAACAAAUCUUAGAGUGAUGGCCGCAGCUCUAUCUCUGACGAUGGGUCGUCUGGGCGCCCUAGUCGGCAACUUGAUGUUCGGUUAUCUGAUCGAUUUAGCCUGCGUAGUUCCCAUUAUACUGUUCGCCGCGUUUCUCUUCGCCUGCGGUUUCUUCUCGUUUUUACUGCCAAGGACUGGGAAGGAUACGCUGGAUUAGCAGAGAGAGAAUUUUCUUGCAUUUUGUUCAAACGACUUGAAGAAUCUGUGCCUUGGACCACUCUCUCUCUUCU